AUGCAAAGAGUGUAUAUCGAUUACGACUUGCCGACGGGAGGGCCUAACAUGUUAAGAAUGUCUGAAGAUAGCGCAGAAGUUGCGGCUAUCAAAAACGAGGACUACACACCAGGCUAUUUGUCAACAAACACCGACUUCAAUCCACAAACAGCUUCAUUUUUCUAUGAAUCUAGUGCUAGUGCUGCUGGAAGUGCUAGUGCCAGCACCUCAACGUCUGCACAGUAUGUUGUUGCGAAGUAUCAGCAACAGAUGCAACGGCAACAAUACUACCCACAAUCGGCAGCCAUGACACAGCAGCAGAGGGAUUACUUGAUACGGCGAGAAGGAACUAUGCCUCCACAUUUUGCCACCACUUCUGCUCAACCUGGAAUUCACUAUUAUCCCCGAGUUUCCAGUCAGCAACAAACGGGUGUCGCUACUCAUCCAACGAAUAUACCAUACCCCAUGAUCCAGUCCGUGAUGCAACAACAAAGAGUUCAACGAAAUGUGACAACAGCUGCGGGCUCUCAGAGAGUUCCUAUUUUGAUAAGACCACGGUUCCCUGCAGGAGUUCAACCGCAGUUUCAAUAUGGUUCAACGCAAGUAAAUGUUAGGCCUAGUAUGCAAUACAGUGGUGGCGAAAUGUACAUGCGCUACGAUAGGGAGCUUCCUUCCUAUGGUCAAUACCAGUCUGAGAUACCUCCACUUGCUGUGAAUUCGUUUCCAGUUCAUCAGCACAACGGGGUAGUAAUUCGUAUUUCCGAUCGCGAUCUGCGAUUCUCUCAGGUACCAAUGCAUCCCGCUCAGCUCGCAUAUUCUCAAACUCCCUUUGAAUACCCCAUGCAUGCUUCUGAUUACAACAACAACAUGGAUUUCCAAGGUAUUAUUAAAGUGGAGGAUGCCAUGGAUGGGCAAACAGCUGUUGAGGGAGGACUGAUAAAGAGGCGCAAGAGACCAAGGAAAGUUAAAACAAGCGACAUAACAGGAGAAGGAGAAGAUGCCGAAGGUGUUCCAAUCCGGAAAAGAAGAUUGACAAACAAACGGAAGAAGCUUUCAAGUGAAACUGAGGGAGCCGAGCCAAGCGUAGCAGAUACAAAUGUACUGGCUGACGGCCCACCACCUCCUCUGACUCAUGGUGAGCUAUUGAAACAAAAAAAGAAGAACAUGGCUUUUCCGAAAGGCACAUUCUUAGUGCGUUAUGCGGACCUGGACAGCGACGAAUACGCUGGUCAUAUUUGGCUUGUCGACAAUCAUCAGUUGCUCCAAAAGUAUACGUAUGAUGGCUUAGAUGCCUCCAAUCUGAAGAUUUUUAGUCGCACUGAGAGAUAUAGCGGAUGGCUCUGCACGUGUCCAUGGUUGUACCAUCCACUUCCUGAUGUCAGAGGAAUACUAGGAAAUAUGGAAAAGUAUCACUGGUCGCAGCUUUUUAAUGCGGAUUUAAUAAUGCUGAUCCCAAAGAAGAAAGUUGAUUGGGUGAGCAAGGAGAAAGAGGAGAGUAAAAAAGCACCAGAGCCAGAACCAGAACAGGUUGAUACGGCAGAAGAAGCCGUGAACUCUGAUGCGGAACAUUUAUGCGAUGAGCACGAAGCCAUAAUGGAAAUCAAGAAGGAUUUGAUGGCAGACGACACUCCGUUGAUCAAGACAGAAGCACCAGAUGAUGAAUGA